GACAUCUCUUCUUGACAAACUCUCACCCACCACCACCAUGUCGUUCCAACGAAAGCAGGAGAAGGACUUUACCCCCGAGGUUAAGGCGCUCGUCCCCGAGGUUGAGAAGAUUGCUGCGGGCGGCAACCUCCAGGAGGCUAUCGACAAGAUCUCGGCGCUGGAGAAGCAGACUCGUAAUGCCUCGGACAUGCCCUCGACCGCAACGCUGCUGCAGCUCCUUGUCCGGCUGUGCUGGCAGGCCGGCAACCUCGAGCAGCUCAACACGCAGCUCACGCUCAUGUCCAAGAAGCACGGCCAGCUCAAGGAGGCUGUCGUGCGCAUGGUCGACGAGGCGAUCCCCUACCUCACCGAGCUGAAGAAGAAGAAGGACGCCGGCGCGUACAAGGGCAAGGAGGACGAGUGGCUCAAGCUCCUCAACACGAUCCGCGACAUUACAGAGGGCAAGAUCUACCUUGAGCUCCAGCGUGCGCGCCUCACUGUCCUCCUCGCCGAGUACCACGAGCAGCUGGCCGCUACCGCGCCAAAGGAGGACCCGGCUGGCGCCACCGCUGUCGCCGCCGCGUCGACGUCGACCUCUACCGCCGAGGCGUCGAGCAGCACCGCCGCCAAGGAGGCGCCCAAGAAGGAGCCCGUCACCGCCAGCGACCACCUCGAGGCUGCCGCCGACCUCAUGAGCGACAUUCAGAUCGAGACGUACAGCAGCAUGGGCAAGCGCGAGAAGACCGAGUUCAUUCUCGAGCAGAUGCGCCUCGAGUCGCUCCGCGGCAACUGGCCUCGCGUCCGUGUCGGAUCCCGCAAGAUCAACCGCGUCUUCCUCAAGGAGCCCGAGAGCACUGACCUCAAGCUCCGCUACUACGACCUUAUUGUCCAGCUUGCCCUCCAGAACGACAACUACCUCGAGGUCUGCAGCGCGUACCAGGAGGUGUGGGACACGGAGGAAGUCAAGAAGGACGAGGCGCGCGAGCUCAACGUCAUCGAGAACAUCAUCAUGUACAUUGUCCUCGCGCCGUACAACAACGAGCAGUCGGACAUGAUCCACAAGCUCUACGCCAACAACGACUUGCAAAAGGCACCCCUGCACUACGCUCUCCUCAAGUGCUUUGUGACCAAGGAGUUGAUGCGCUGGCCCGGAAUCGAGGAGCUGUACGGCCCCACGCUCCGUCAGUCGCCCGUCUUCUCGUCAACCUCAACACUGGGCGUCAAGACUGGCGACAACAAGGACGAGGAUGCGACUGGCCCAGGAAACGCGCGCUGGGAGGCGCUGCACAACCGUGUGGUCGAGCACAACAUCCGCGUCAUUGCCGCCUACUACUCGCGCAUCACGCUCGCGCGCCUCACAGAGCUCCUCGACCUCCCCGCCCUCACCACGGAACGGACGCUCUGCAAGCUCGUGACCGACAAGACGGUGUACGCACGUAUCAACCGUCCAGCGGGCAUUGUCUCGUUCCAGCGCCCACGCAAGACCAACGAGGUCUUGAAUGUCUGGAGCGCCGACGUCGGCAAGAUGCUCAGCCUGGUCGAGAAGACGAGCCACCUCGUCUCAAAGGAGUAUGCGAUGCACGAGGCGAGCCAGGCGGGCCGCGGAAAGAAGGCCAUUACAGCGUAGAGUAAAGUGUGUAUGACAUAGCAGCAGCAUGGUUGCAUCGCAUUCAUGAUAG